AUGACCACUAGUACUUGGAGAGCUGUCCGUCUCAGUAGCUCUUUAAGUCAGUUGCCAGAAUACGCUCUAAAACCAGCUUUUACCCCUAACAAGGCCGCUGCUGCCAAGUUCAACGAAUCCUUAGCACAAACCGCUAAGCAUGCCGAAGGUACUACUAGUUUCUGGGCCAAAGUUUCUGUAUUUGUAGCUUUACCUGCCAUCCUUUUGGUUGCUGUCAACACUUACUUUGUUGAAAAAGAACAUUACGAACACAGACAACACUUGGCAAAAGUCAGCGAUGAAGAUUGGCCUGUUCAAUACGAAUUCCAAAACAUCCGUUCCAAGCCUUUCUUCUGGGGUGACGGGGACAAGACCUUAUGGUGGAACCCUGUGAUCAACAGAAACGUCAAGAACUAG